AGGAUUGUAGUUCACAAUCACUUUUGGCUGCCUGGUUGCUUUCCGUUGAGACGCAGCUCCACCCCUUUUCCACUCCUUCACAGCCAGACUGCUUGAGUGUCAUUAGUUCAGAAGUGCACUACAUCAAGUGAACUGACACCCCCCCUCCCCCCUCCCGAUUCCCAAUCCUGUUCCAUUGACGGAGAAAGCCAGCUAUUUCCCUCACGACAGCGAGGUUGACGUGAGGACAUUGAGAUGCCAGAACCUUAGGAGCGUGAAGGAUCACCAAUAAAACCAAUGCAGUAUAGAUUGGCGACAAAUGGUACGCCCGCCUCGCACAACUGCAUCCCAUUCGUGAAAGUCGUCUGCGCAUUCACUGGAAACACGACUUUGAAGUCGUGCAUUCGGCCAAUCCCUAACAUCUCCAAAACAUCCCAAUAUCCCAGUUGCCAUGAAAAACAGGCAAGACAAGAGACGUGAGCGCGAGAGAAGAUGUUUGAGAGGAGACCUUUCCCGUGAUGACAUGUUGUUCCUACUCAGUGUUCUGGAGGGAGAGCUCCAGGCGAGGGAGGAAGUCAUUGCCGUGCUGAAAACAGAGCGGACGGACUGGGCUCUACUGAAAGCCCACUACGGUUUUUGUGGACUGCACGGGGCGCUACGGUCCCUGCGUGGAGACUCACUGCGAUGGCAACAACAGGACCAUUUCGAGGAUGUGUGCAAAACAGCGAAUGCUGAGCUUAUUAAUUUCAUAGAGGCCCAGAAAAGGUCAAACAAGAGGAUGGAGGAUCAGCUUCUUGAGGUAUCAAAUGCUCACAGAGAUGCCGUUAGGAGAAAUGAGGAGCAGCAGAGAAGCCACCGGGAUUUCUUUCAAAAGUAUACGUGCGUUACGGCGCUACUGGAGGAGGACCGAGAGCGGUAAGUCGGUGCAUCACAUUUUGCGGGGGGUUGCAUAAAACAAAUGAUUUUCCUCAAACUCUGGAUCAUGGUAGAACCCAUGACAUUAUGAAUG